AUGUUUGUGUCGGAAGGCAUUCAAUUGUAUCAAUAUCUAUCUAUCUAUCUAUCUAUCUAUCUAUCUAUCUAUCUAUCUAUCUUAGCCCCCCUUGACUACGGCCUCCUUAUCUAUGGCUGCCCCUAUACGGCUUCCUUAUCUACGGGUUUCCCUCUACGGCCUCCUUAUCUAUGGCUUUACUUCUACGGCUUCCUUGUCUACGGCUUUCCCUGCGGCUUCCUUGUCUACGGCUUUCACUCUACGGCUUCUUUUUUACGACUUUCCCCCUACGGCUUCCUUCUCUACGUAUUUCCCUCAACAGCCUCCUUAUCUACGGCUUUCCUUCUACGGCCUCGCUUUCCCUCUACGGCUCCCUCGGCUACGUCUUUCCCUCAACGGCUUCCUUGUCUACGGCUUUACCUCUACAGGUUCCUUUUCUGCAGCUUUCCCUCUACGACUUUCUCUCUACGCACUCCUUGUCUACAGCUGUCCCUCUGCAGCUUAGUUCUCUACAGUUUCCACUACGGCUUCCCUUCUCCCGGCUUUCCCUCUACAGCCUCCUUAUCUACGGAUUUCGCUCUACAGCUUCCAUGUCUACGGUUUCCCUCUACAGCUUCCUUGUCUACAGCUUUCCCUCUACGGCCUCCUUAUCUACAGCUUUCCCUCUACGGCUUCCUUGUCUACGGCUUCCUUGUCUACGGCUUUCUUCUUUACGGCUUUCCCUCUACGGCUUCCUUCUCUACGGCUUUCCCUCUACGGCCUCCUUAUCAAAGGCUUUCCCUCUACGUCUUCAUUAUCUACGGCUUUCCCUCUACGGACUCCUUUUCUACGGCUUUCCCUCUACGGCUACCUUGUCUACGGCUUUCCCUCUACGAUUUCUUCUUUACUAACUUUCCCUCCACGGCUUCCUUGUCUACGUCUUUUUCACUAUGUCUUCCUUGUGUACGGCUUCCCAUCUACGCUUUCCUUCUUUACCGAUUUUCCUCUACGGCUUCCUUGUCUACGACUUUCCCUCUACGGCCUCUUUAUCUACGGCUUUCCUACUAUGGCUACCUUGUCUACGGCUUUCCCUCUACGCUUUCUUCUUUACUAACUUUCCCUCCACUUCUUCCUUAUCUACGUCGUUCCCUCUACGGCCUCUUUAUCUACGGCUUUUGCUCGAAGGCUUCCUUGCCUACGGCUUUACCACUAUGGCUUCCUUUUCCCUCUACGGCUUUCCCUCUACGGCCUCCUUAUCUAAGGCUUUCCCUCUACGGCUCCCUUUUCUACGUCUUUCCCUCAACGGCUUCCUUGUCUACGGUUUCCCUCUACGGCUUCCAUCUUUACGGCAUUUCCCUCUACUGCUUCCUUUUCUACGUCUUUUCCUCUACGGCUUCCUUCUUUACGGGCUUCCAUCUCUACGGCUUUACCUCUACGGCUUCCUUGUCUACGGCUGUCCCUCUACGGCUUAGUUCUCUACGGCUUUUCCUCUACGGCUUCCUUCUCUACGGCUUUCCCUCUACAGCCUCCUUAUCUACGGCUUUCCCUCUACAGCCUCCUUAUCUACGGCUUUUCCUCUACAGCUUCUUUGUCUCCGGCUUUCCCUCUACGACCUCCUUAUCUUCAGCUUUCCCUCUACGGCUUCCAUGCUUCCUAGUCUACGGCUUCCAUCUUUACGGCUUUCCCUCCACGGCUUCCUUCUCUACGGCUUUCCCUCUACGGCUUCCUUGUCUACGGCUUUCUAGUCUACGGCUUCCAUCUUUACGGCUUUCCCUCUCCGGCUUCCUUCUCUUCGGCUUUCCCUCUACGGCUUCCUUGUCUACGGCUUUCCCACUACGCCCUCUUUAUCUACGGCUUUCCUUCUACGGCUACUUUGUCUACGGCUUUCCCUGUACGCUUUCUUCUUUACUAACUUUCCCUCCACUUCUUCCAUAUCUACGUCUUUCCCUCUACGGCCUCCUUAUCUACGGCUUUUGCUCGAAGGCUUCCUUCUACGGCCUUCCCUUUACGGCUUCCUUGCCUACGGCUUUACCUCUAUGGCUUCCUUUUCAACGGUUUUCCCUCUACGGCUUUCCCUCUACGCCCUCCUUAUCUAAGGCUUUCCCUCUACGGCUUCCUUCUCUACGUCUUUCUCUCAACAGCCUCCUUAUCUACGACUUUCCUUCUACGGCCUCCUUAUCUACGGCUUUCCCUCUAAGGCUUCCUUGUCUACGGCUUCAUUGUCUACGGUUUCCUUCUUUACGGCUUUCCCUCUACGACCUCCUUAUCUACGGCUUUCCCUCUACGGCCACCUUAUCUAAGGCUUUCCCUCUACGGCUCCCUCGGCUACGUCUUUCCCUCAACGGCUUCCUUGUCUACGGCUUUACCUCUAUGGGUUCCAUUUCUACGGCUUUCCCUCUACGACUUUCUCUCUACGCUCUCCUUCCUCCUUAUCUACGGAUUUCGCUCUACGGCUUCCAUGUCUACGGUUUUCCCUCUACAGCUUCCUUGUCUACGGCUUUCCCUCUACGGCCUCCUUAUCUACAGCUUUCCCUCUACGGCUUCCUUGUCUACGGCUUCCUUGUCUACGGCUUUCUUCUUUACGGCUUUCCCUCUACGGCUUCCUUCUCUACGGCUUUCCCUCUACGGCCUCCUUAUCUAAGGCUUUCCCUCUACGUCUUCAUUAUCUACGGCUUUCCCUCUACGGACUCCUUUUCUACGGCUUUCCCUCUACGGCUACCUUGUCUACGGCUUUCCCACUCCGCUUUCUUCUUUACUAACUUUCCCUCCACGGCUUCCUUGUCUACGUCUUUUUCACUAUGUCUUCCUUGUGUACGGCUUCCCAUCUACGGUUUCCUUCUUUACCGAUUUUCCUCUACGGCUUCCUUGUCUACGACUUUCCCUCUACGGCCUCUUUAUCUACGGCUUUCCUACUACGGCUACCUUGUCUACGGCUUUCCCUCUACGCUUUCUUCUUUACUAACUUUCCCUCAACUUCUUCCUUAUCUACGUCGUUCCCUCUACGGCCUCUUUAUCUACGGCUUUGCUCAGGCUUCCUUUGCCUACAGCUUUACCACUAUAGCUUCCUUUUCCCUCUACAGCUUUUCUCCCUCUACGGCCUCCUUAUCUAAGCUUUCCCUCUACAGCUCCCUUUUCUACGUCUUUCCCUCAACGGCUUCCCUUGUCUACGGUUUCCCUCUACAGCUUCCCAUCUUUACAGCAUUUCCCUCUACUGCUUCCUUUUCUACGUCUUUUCCUCCUACAGCUUCCUUCUUUACGGGCUUCCUUCUUUACGGAUUUCCCUUUACGGCUUCCUUCUCUACGGCUUCCUUCUCUACGGCUUUCCGUCUACGGCAUCCUUAUCUACGGCUUUCCCUCUACGGCUUCCUUUUUUACGGCUUUCCUUCUACGGCUUCCUUCUCUACGGCUUUCCCUCUACGGCUUCCUUGUCUACGGCUUUCCCUCUACGGCUUUCCCUCUACGGCUUUCCCUCUACGGCUUCCUUCUCUACGCCUUCCUUGUCUAAAGCUUUCCCUCUACGGCAUCCUUCUCUACGGCUUUCCCGCUACGGCUCCCUUCUCUGCGGCUUUCUUGUCUACGGCUUUCCCUCUACGGCUUCCUUCUUUACGGCUUUCCCUCUACGGCAUCCUUCUAUACAGCUUUCCCUCUACGGCCUCCUUAUCUACGUCUUUCCCUCUAAGGCUUCAUUAUCUAUGGCUUUCCUUCUACGUACACCUUGUCUACGGCUUUCCCUCUAGAGAUUCCUUGUCUACGGCUUUCUCUCUACGGCUUCCUUCUUUACGGCUUUCCCUCCAAAGCUUCCUUCUCUACGGCUUUCCCUCUACGGCUUCUUUCUCUACGGCAUUCCUCUACGGCUUUCCCUCUACGGCCGCCUUAUCUAAGGCUUUCCCUCUACGGCUUCAUUAUCUACGGCUUUCCCUCUACGCACACCUUGUCUACGGCUUUCCCUCUACGGCUUCCUUGUCUACGGCUUUACCUCUAGGGCUUCCUUCUCUACGGUUUUCCCUCUACGGCUUCCUUAACUACGGCUUUCCCUCUACGCACUCCUUGUCUACGGCUUUCCCUCUACGGCUUUCCCUCUACGGCUUUCCCUCUCCGGCUUCCUUGUCUACGUCUUUCCAUCCAUGGCUUCCUUAUCUACGGCUUUCCCAUUACGGCUUCCUUCUUUACGGUUUUCUCUCUACGGCUUCUCUACGGCUUUCCCUCUACGGCUUCAUUCUCUUCGGCUUUCCCUCUACGGCUUCCUUCUCUACGCUUCCUUUUCUACGGCUUUGCCACCACGGCUUCCUUCUCUACGGUUUUCCCUCUACGGCUUCUUUAACUACGGCUUCCUUAACUACGGCUUUCCCUCUACGGCCUCCUUAUCUACGGCUUUACCCACUACGGCUUCCUUCUUUACGGCUUUCCUUCUACGGCUUCCUUCUCUACGGCUUUCCCUCUACGGCUUCAUUCACUGCGGCUUUCCCUCUACGGCUUCCUUCUUUACGGUUUCCCUCUACGGCUUCAUUCUCUACUGCUUCCUUCUCUACGGCUUUCCGUCUACGGCAUCCUUAUCUACGGCUUUCCCUCUAUGCCUUCCUUCUUUACGGCUUUCCCUCUAGGGCUUCCAUCUCUACGGCUUUCCCUCUACGGCUUCCUUGUCUACGGAUUUCCCUCUACGGCUUCCUUGUCUACGGCUUCCUUGUCUACGGCUUUCCCUCUACGGCUUUCCCUCUACGGCUUUCUUCUCUACGGCUUCCUUGUCUAAAGCUUUCCCUCUACGGCAUCCUUCUCUACGGCUUUCCCGCUACGGCUCCCUUCUCUGCGGCUUUCUUGGCAUCCUUCUAUACAGGUUUCCCUCUACGGCCUCCUUAUCUACGUCUUUCCCUCUACGGUUUCAUUAUCUACGGCUUUCCUUCUACGUACUCCUUGUCAACGGCUUUCCCUCUAGAGAUUCCUUGUCUACGGCUUUCUCUCUACGGCUUCCUUCUUUACGGCUUUCCCUCUACGGCUUCCUUCUCUACGGCUUUCCCUCUACGGCUUCUUUCUCUACGGCAUUCCUCUACGGGCUUCCUUCUCUACGGUUUUCCCUCUACGGCUUCCUUAACUACGGCUUUCCCUCUACGAAUUCCUUGCCUACGGCUUUCCCUCUACGGCUUUCCCUCUCCGGCUUCCUUGUCUACGUCUUUCCCUCCAUGGCUUCCUUAUCUACGGCUUUCCCACUACGGCUCCCUUCUUUACGGUUUUCUCUCUACGGCUUCCUUCUCUACGGCUUUCCCUCUACGGCUUCGUUCUCUACGGCUUUCCCUCUACGGCUUCCUUCUUUACGGUUUACAUCUACGGCUUCCUUCUCUACGGCUUUCCCUCUACGGCUUCAUUCUCUGCGGCUUUCCCACUACGGCUUCCUUAUUACGGCUUUCCCUCUAUGGCUUCCUUCUCUACGGCUUUCCGUCUACGGCUUCAUUCUCUGCGGCUUUCCCUCCACGGCUUCCUUGUCUACGGCUUUCCCUCUACGGCUUCCUUCUUUACGGCUUUCUCUCUCCGGCUUCCUUCUCUACGGCUUUCCCUCUACGACCUCCUUAUCUACGGCUUUCACUCUACGGCUACAUUGUCUACGGCUUCCUUCUUUACGGCUUUCACUCUACGGCUUCCUUCUCUACAUCUUUCCCUCAACGGCCUCCUUAUCUACGGCUUUCCAUCUACGGCUUCCUUGUCUGCGGCUUUCCCUCUACGGCUUCCUUCUCUACGGUUUACAUCUACGGCUUCCUUCUCUACGGCUUUCCCUCUACGGCCUACUUAUCUAAGGCUAUCCCUCUACGGCUUCCAUUAUCUACGGCUUUCCUCUACAGCUUCCUUUUCUCACGGCUUUGCCACCACGCUUCCUUCUCUACGCUUUACCACUACAGUUUCCUUCUUUUGCUUUCCUUCUACAGCUUCCUUCUCUACAGCCUUCCCUCUACAGCUUCAUUCACUGCAGCUUUCCCUCUACAGCUUCCUUCUUUACAGUUUCCCUCUACAGCUUCAUUCUCUACUACUUCCUCUCUACAGCUUUCCGUCUACAGCAUCCUUAUCUACAGCUUUCCCUCUAUACCUUCCUUCUUUGCAGCUUUCCCUCUAGGGCUUCCAUCUCUACAGCUUUCCCUCUACAGCUUCCUUCGUCUACAGAUUUCCCUCUACAGCUUCCUUGUCUACAGCUUCCUUGUCUACAGCUUUCCCUCUACAGCUUUCCCCUCUACAGCUUUCUUCUCUACAGCUUCCUUGUCUAAAGCUUUCCCUCUACAGCAUCCUUCUCUACAGCUUUCCCACUACGGCUCCCUUCUCUACUGCGGCUUUCUUGGCAUCCUUCUAUACAGGUUUCCCUCUACGGCCUCCUUUAUCUACGCCUUUUCCUCUUACGGUUUUCAUUAUCUACGGCUUUCCUUCUACGUGCUCCUUUGUCUACAUGCUUUCCCUCUAGAGAUCCUUGUCUACGGCUUUCUCUCUACAGCUUCCUUCUUUGGCUUUCCCUCUGGCUUCCUUCUCUACGGCUUUCCCUCUACGGCUUCUUUCUCUACGGCAUUCCUCUACGGUUUCCUUCUUUACGGAUUUCCCUUUACUGCUUCCUUCUUUACGGCUUUCCCUCUACGGCCGCAUUAUCUAAGGCUUUCCCUCUACGGCUUCAUUAUCUACGGCUUUCCCUCUACGCACUCCUUGUCUACGGCUUUACCGCUACGGCUUCCUUCUCUACGGUUUUCCCUCUACGGCUUCCUUAACUACGGCUUUCCCUCUACGAAUUCCUUGCCUACGGCUUUCCCUCUACGGCUUUCCCUCUCCGGCUUCCUUGUCUACGUCUUUCCCUCCAUGGCUUCCUUAUCUACGGCUUUCCCACUACGGCUCCCUUCUUUACGGUUUUCUCUCUACAGCUUCCCCUUCUCUACAGCUUUCCCUCUACGGCUUCGUUCUCUACAGCUUUCCCUCUACGGCUUCCUUCUUUACGGUUUACAUCUACGGCUUCCUUCUCUACAGCUUUCCCUCUACGGCUUCAUUCUCUGCGGCUUUCCCCACUACGGCUUCCUUACGCAGCUUUCCUCUAUGGCUUCCUUCUCUACAGCUUUCCGUCUACGGCUUCAUUCUCUGCGGCUUUCCCUCCCACGGCUUCCUUGUCUGCAGCUUUCCCUCUACAGCUUCCUUCUUUGGGCUUUCUCUCUCCAGCUUCCUUCUCUACGGCUUUCCCUCUACGACCUCCUUAUCUGCAGCUUUCACUCUACGGCUACAUUGUCUACGGCUUCCUUCUUUACGGCUUUCACUCUACGGCUUCCUUCUCUACAUCUUUCCCUCAAAGGCCUCCUUAUCUACGGCUUUCCAUCUACGGCUUCCUUGUCUGCGGCUUUCCCUCUACGGCUUCCAUUUCUACGGCUUUCCCGCUACGGCUACCUUCUCUACGGCUUUCCCUCUACGCUUUUUUUUUUACUAACUUUCCCUCCACGGCUUCCUUGUCUACGUCUUUUUCUCUAUGUCUUCCUUGUCUACGGCUUCCCCUCUAAGGCUUCUUUUUUACGGAUUUCCCUCUACGGCUUCCUUGUCUACGGCUUUCCCUCUACGGCCUCCUUAUCUACGGCUUUCUUUCUACGGCUACCUUGUCUACGGCUUUCCCUCUACGCUUUCUUCUUUACUAACUUUCCCUCAACGUCUUCCUUCUCUACGUCUUUCCGUCUACGGCCUCCUUAUCUACGGCUUUUGCUCGAAGGCUUCCUUCUACGGCCUUCCCUUUACGGCUUCCUUGUCUACGGCUUUACCUCUAUGGCUUCCUUUUCAACGGCUUUCCCUCAACGGCUCCCUUGUAUACGUCUUUCCCUCAACGGCUUUCUUGUCUACGGCUUUACCUCUAUGGCUUCAUUUUCUACAGUUUUCCCUCUACGGCUUUCUCUCUACGCUCUCCUUGUCUACGGCUUUCCCUUUACGGCGUCGUUAUCUACGGCUUUCCGUCUACGACAUCCUUGUCUACGGUUUUCCCUCUACGAUUUCCUUCUCUACGGCUUUCCCUCUAGGCCUUCAUUCUCUGCGGCUUUCCCUCUACGGCUUCCUUCUUUACGGUUUCCCUCUACGGCUUCCUUCUUUACGGCUUUCACUCUACGGCUUCCGUCUCUACGGCUUCCUUCUCUACGGCUUUCCGUCUACGGCAUCCUUAUCUACGGCUUUCCCUCUACGGCUUCCUUCUUUACGGCUUUCCCUCUACGACUUCCUUCUCUACGCUUCCUUGUCUACGGCUUUCCCUCUACGGCUUCCAUCUUUACGGCUUUCCCUCUACGGCUUCCUUCACUAAUGUUUUCCCUCUUCUGCUUCCUUUCUUUACGGUUUUCCAUCUACGGCUUUCCCUGUACGGCUACAUUCUCUACGGCUUUCCCUGUACGGCUUCCUUCUCUACGGUUUUCUCUCUACGGCCUCCUUAUCUACGGCUUUCCCACUACGGCUUCCUUCUUUACGGCCUUCAUUCUACGGACUCCUUGUCUACGGCUUUCCCUCUACGGCUUACUUGUCUACGGUUUUCCCUCUACGGCUUCAUUAACUACGGCUUUCCCUCUACAGCUUCUUUUUCUACGGCUUUCCCUAUACGUCUUCAUUCUCUGCGGCUUUCCCUCUACGGCUUCCUUCUUUACGGUUUCCCUCUACGGCUUCCUUCUUUACGGUUUCCCUCUACGGCUUCCUUCUCUACGUCUUUCCGUCUACGGCUUCCUUCUCUACGGCUUUGCCACUACGGCUUCCUUAUUACGGCUUUCCCUCUAUGGCUUCCUUCUCUACGGCUUUCCCUAUACGGCUUCAUUCUCUGCGGCUUUAACCUCUACGGCUUCCUUGUCUACGGCUUUCCCUCUACGGCUUUCCCUCUACGGCCUCCUUAUCUACGGCUUUCACUCUACGGCGACCUUGUCUACGGCCUCCUUAUGUAAGGCUUUCCCUCUACGGCUCCCUUGUCUACGUCUUUCCCUCAACGCCUUCCUAUGGCUUCCUUUUCUACGGUUUUCCCUCUACGUCUUUCUCUCUACGCUCUCCUUGUCUACGGCUUUCCUCUACGGCCUCCUUAUCUACGGCUUUCCGUCUACGGCAUCCUUUUCUACGGUUUUUCCUCUCCGGCUCCCUUCUAUACGACUUUCCUUCUACGGACUCCUUGUCUACGGCUUUCCCCGUACAACUUUCCCUCUACGGCCUCCUUGUCUACGGCGACUUUGUCUAAGGCUUCCUUAUAUACGGCUUCCCCUCUACGGCUUCCUUGUCUACGUCUUUCCCUCUAUGGCUUCCAUGGCUAUAGCUUUCCCUCUACGGCAUCCUAUGCUACAGUUUUCCCUCUACGGCCUCAUUGUCUACGGCCCCCUUGACUACAGCUUUCCCUCUACAUCUUCCUGGUCCAGGUCUUUCCCUCUAUGUCUUCCUAGUCUACGGCUUUCCCUCUACAGCCUCCUUGUCUACUGCUUUCCCUCUACGGCUCCCUUGUCUGCAGCUUUUUCCUCUACGGCUCCUUCUCUGCGGCUUUCCCUCUGCAGACUCCUUGUAUACUCUUUCCCUCUCUCUUCCUUCUUUGGCUUUUCUCUCUACAGCUUACUUGUCUGGCUUUCCCUCGACAGCCUCCUUUAUCUCAGUUCUCCCUCUGCUGCUUCUUUUCUACGGUUUUCCAUCUACGGCUUUACCUCUACGGCCUUCUUGUCUACGGCCUUCUUGUCUACGACCCUUUUGUCUACGACUUUCCCUCUACGGCUUCCGUGUCUUUCCUUCUAUGGCUUCCUUUUCUACGGCUUUCCUCUACGUCCUCCUUGUCGACGGCUUUCCUUCUACGGCCUCCUUGUCUACGACCCCCUUGUCUACGGCUUUCCCUCUACGGCUUUCCCUCUACGGCCUACUUAUCUACGCUUUCCCUCUACGUCUUCCUUGUCUACGGCUUCCACUCUACGGCUUUCUUCUUUACAGCUUUCUCUCUACGGCCUCCUUAUCUACGGCUUUCCCUCUACGGCUUCCUUGUCUACGGCUUUCCCUCUCCGGCUCCCUUCUCUCCGGCUUACCCUCUACGGCCUCCUUGUCUACGGCUUUCCCUCUACGGCUCCCUUCUCUACGGCUUUCCCUCUACGGACUCCUUGUCUACGGCUUCGCCUCCACGGCUUUCCCUCAACGGCUUCCUUCUUUACGGGUUUCCCUGUAUGGCUUCCUUGUCUACGGCUUUCCCUCUACGGCCUCCUUAUCUUCGGCUUUCCCUCUACUGCUUCUUUCCCUACAGUUUCCCUCUACGGCUUCCUUGUUUACGGCUUUACCUCUAUGGCUUCCUUUUCUACGGUUCUCCUUCUACGGCUCCUUGUCUACGGCUUUCCCUCUACGGCCUCCUUAUUUGCGGCUUUCCCUCAAGGGCUUCCUUGUCUACGGCUUUCCCUCUACGGCAUCCUUGUCUACGGUUUUCCCUGUACGGCUCCCUUCUCUACGGCUUUCCCUCUACGGACUACUUUUCUACGGCUUUCCCUCUACGGCCUCCUUGUCUACGGCCCCUUGUCUACGGCCUCAAUAUCUACGUCUUCCCCUCUACGGCUUCAUUAUUUACGGCUUUCCCUCUACGGCUUCCUUGUCUACGUCUUUCCCUCUAUGGCUUACUUGGCUAUGGCUUUCCCUCUACGGCCUCCUUGUCUACGGCCACCUUGUCUACGGCCUCGUUAUCUACGGCUUCCCCUCUACGGCUUCCUUCUUUGCGGCUUUCUCUGUACGGCUUCCUUGUCUACGUCUUUUCCUCUAUGGCUUACUUGGCUAUGGCUUUCCCUCUACGGCCUCCUUGUCUACGGCCACCUUGUCUACGUCCUCCUUAUCUACCGCUUCCUCUCUACGGCUUCCGUCUUUACAGCUUUCCCUGUACGGCUUCCUUGUCUACGUCUUUCCCUCUAUGGCUUCCUAGUCUACGGCUUUCCCUCUACGGCAUCCUUGUCUACGGUUUUUCCACUGCGGCUUACUUCUCUACGGCUUUCCCUCUACGGACGUCUUGACUACGGCUUUCCCUCUGCGGCUUUCCCUCUAUGGCUUCCUUGUCUACAGCCCCUUGUCUACGGCCUCCUUACCCAACGGCUUCCCCUCUAUCGCUUCCUUCUCUACGGCUUUCCCUCUACGGCUUCCUUGUCUACGUCUUUCCGUCUAUGGCUUCCUUGUCUACGGUUUUCCCUCUACGGCUCCCUUCUCUACGUCUUUCCCUCCACGGACUCCUUGUCUACGGCUCCCAUGUCUAGGGACUCCUUAUCUACCGCUUCCCCUCUACGGCUUCCUUCUUUACGGAUUUCCCUCUAUGGCUUCCUUGUCUACCUCUUUCCCUCUACGGACUACUUAUCUACGGCUUUCCCACUACGGCUUCCUUGUUUACGGUUUUUUCUCUAUGGCUUCCUUUUCUACGAUUUUCCUUCUACGGCUUUCUCUCUACGGACUCCUUCUCUACGGCUUUCCCUCUACGGCCUCCUUAUCUGCGGCUUUCCCUCUACGGCUUCCUUGUCUAGGCUUUCCGUCUACGCCAUCCUUUUCUACGUUUUUCUUUCUACGGUUCACUUCUCUACGUCUUUCCCUCUACGGCCUUCCUCUACGGCUUCCUUGUCUACGUCUUUCCGUCUAUGGCUUCCUUGUCUACAGUUCUCUACGGUUCUCUACUCUACGGCUUUCCCUCUACGAACGUUUUAUCUACGUCUUUCUCUCUACAGCUUCAUUGUCUACGGCUUUCCCUCUACGGCUACCUUCUCUACGGCUUUCUCUCUACGGAUUCCUUGUCUACGGCUUUCCUCUACGGCCUCCUUUUCUACUGUUUUUCCUCUACGGCUCCCUUCUAUACGACUUUCCCUCUACGGACUCCUUGUCUACGGCUUUCCCCGUACAACUUUCCCUCUACGGCCUCCUUGUCUACGGCCCCCUUGUCUAAGGCUUCCUUAUAUACGGCUUCCCCUCUACGGCUUCCUUGUCUACGUCUUUCCCUCUAUGGCUUCCAUGGCUAUAGCUUUCUUUCUACGGCAUCCUAUGCUACGGUUUUCUCUCUACUGCCUCAUUGUCUACGGCCCCCUUGUCUACGGCUUUCCCUUUACGUCUUCCUGGUCCAGGUCUUUCCCUCUAUGUCUUCCUAAUCUACGGCUUUCCCUCUACGGCCUCCUUGUCUACGGCUUUCCCUCUACGGCAUCCUUGUCUACGUUUUUCCCUCUACGGCUCCCUUCUCUACGGCUUUCCCUAUACGGACUCCUUGUCUACGGCUUUGCCUCUACGGCUGUCUUGUAUACGUCUUCCCCUCUACGUCUUCCUUCUUUACGGCUUUCUCUCUACGGCUUACUUGUCUACGGCUUUCCCUCUACGGCCUCCUUAUCUACGGCUCUCCCUCUGCUGCUUCUUUUCUACGGUUUUCCAUCUACGGCUUUACCUCUACGGCCUUCUUGUCUACGACCCCUUUGUCUACGACUUUCCCUCUACGGCUUCCGUGUCUUUCCUUCUAUGGCUUCCUUGUCUAUGGCUUUCCCUCUAUGUCCUCCUUGUCUACGACUUUCCCUCUACGGCCUCCUUAUCUACGGCUUUCCCUCUACGGCAUCCUUGUCUACGGCCCCCUUGUCUACGGCUUUCCCUCUACGGCUUCCUUGUCUACGUCUUUCCGUCUACGGCAUCUUUGUCUACGCUUUUCCCUCUACGGCUCCCUUCUUCAGGGCUUUACCUCUACGGACUCUUUGUCUACGUCUUUCCCUCUACGGCUUUCCCUCUACGGCCUACUUGUCUACGGCUCCCAUAUCUCCGGCCUCGUUAUCUACGGCUUCCCCUCUACGGCUUCCUUCUUUACGGCUUUCCCUCUACGGCGUCCUUGUGUACGGCUUUCCCUCUACGGCGUCCUUGUGUACGGCUUUCCCUCUACGGCUUCCUUGCGUACGGCUUUCCCUCUACGGCUUUCUUGUCUACGGUUUUCGCUCUACGGCUUUCCCUCUACGGCCUACUUGUCUACCGCUCCCUUGUCUACGUCUUCCUUGCCUACUCCUUUCCCUCUACGGCUUCCUUCUUUACGGUUUCCCUCUAAGGUUACCUUCUUUACGGCUUUCCCUCUACUGCUUCCUUCUCUAUACCUCUACGGCCUUCUUGUCUACGACUUUCCCUCUACGGCUUCCGUGUCUUUCCUUCUAUGGCUUCCUUGUCUACGGCUUUCUCUCUACGUCCUCCUUGUCUACGGCUUUCCUUUACUGCUUUCUUCUUUACGGCUUUCCCUCUACGGACUCCUUAUCUACAGAUUUCCCUCUACGGCUUCCUUGUCUACGCCCCUCUACAACUUUCCCUCUACGGCCUCCUUGUCUACGGGCCCCUUGUCUACGGCUUUCCCUCUACGGCUUCCAUGUCUACGUCCUUCCCUCUACGGCUCCAUUCUCUUCGGCUUUCUCUCUACGGACUCCUCGUCUACGGCUUUCUUGUCUACGUCUUUCCCUCUACGUCAUCCUUGUGUACGUUUUUCCCUAUACGGCUCCCUUUCUACGGCUUUUCCUCUACGGACUCCUUUUCUACGGCUUUCCCUCUACGGCUCCCUUCGCUAGUGCUUUCCCUCUACGCCCCCCUUGGCAACAGCUUUCCCUAUACGGCUCCCUUUCUACGGCUUUCCCUCUACGGACUCGUUCUCUACGGCCUUCCCUCUACGGCUCCCUUUCUGCUGCUUUCCCUCAAAGGCCCCCUUGUCUACGACUUUCUCUCUACGGCUUCAUUGUCUUUCCCUUUAUGGCUUCCUUGUCUACGGCUUUCCCUCUACGGCUCCCUUCAUUACGGCUUUCUCUCUACGGAUCUCUUUGUCUACGGCUUUCCCUCUACAGCCUCCUUAUCUACGGCAUCCUUGUGUACGUUUUUUCCUCUACGGCUCCCUUCUCUACGGCUUUCCCUCUACGGACUCCUUGUCUACGGCUUUCCCUCUACGGCGUCCUUGUCUACGGCCCCCUUGUCUACGGCUUUUCCCCUACGGCUUCCUUGUCUACGUCUUUCUCUGUACGGUACCAUUCUCUACGGCUUUCUCUCUACGGACUCCUUGUCUACGGCUUUCUCUCUACGGCUUUCCCUCUACGGCUUCCUUUCUUUCGCUCCCUGGCUUCCUUGUUUACGCGUUUCCCUCUACGGCAACCUUGUCUACGGUUUUCCCUCUACGGCUCCCUUUCUCCGGCUUUCUCUCUACGGACUUCUUGUGUACGGCUUUCCCUCUACAGCUUUCUUUCUGCGGCCUCCUUGUCUACGGUUUUACCUCUACGGCUCCCUUCUCUACGGCUUUCCCUCUACGGCACCUUGUCUAUGGCUUUCCCUCUACGGCUUUCUUGUCUACGUCUUUCCCUCUACGGCUCCCUUCUCUACGGCUUUCCCUCUACGGCUCCCUUCUCUACGGCUUUCCCUCUACGGACUCCUUGUCUACGGCUUUCCCUCUACGGCAUUCCCUCUCCGGCUUCCUUGUCUACGUCUUUCCCUCCAUGGAUUCCUUAUCUACGUGUUUCCCUCUACGGCCUCCUUGUUUACGGCUUUCCCUCUAUGGCUUCCUUUUCUACGUCUUUCCCUCUAAGGCAUCCUUGUCUACGGUUUUUCUUCUGCGGCUCCCUUUCUACGGCUUUCCCUCUAUGGACUCCUUGUCUACGGCUUUCCCUCUACGGACUCCUUGUCUACGUCUUUCCCUCUAUGGCCCCCUUCUCUACGGCUUUCCCUCUACCGACUCCUUGUCUAUGGCUUACCCUCUACAGCUUUCCCUAUGUGGCCUCUUUGUCUACAGACACCCUUAUCUACGGCUUUCCCUCUCCGUCUUCCUUGUCUACGUCUUUCCCUCUCUGGCUUCCUUGUCUACGGCUUUCCCUCUACGGCCUCCUUUUCUACGGCGUUCUCUCUACGGCUUCCUUGUCUACGGCUUCCCUCUACGGCAUCCUUGUCUACGGCUUUCCCUCUACUGACUCCUUCUCUACGGCUUUCCCUCUACGUCCUCCUUGUCUACAGCCCCCUUGUCUACGUUUUUCUCUCUACGGCUUCCUUGUCUACGUCUUUCCCUCUCCGGCUUCCUUGUCUACGGCUUCCUUGUCUACGGCUUUCCCUCUACGGCUACCUUCUCUACGGCUUUCUCUCUACGGACUCCUUGUCUACGGCUUUCCCCCUACGGCCUCCUUAUCUACGUCUUUCUCUCUACGGCUUCCUUUUCUACGGUUUUUCCUCUACGGCUUCCUUCUUUACAGCUUUCCCUCUACGGACUUCUUGUCUACGGCUUUCCUCUCUACGGCUUUCCCUCUACGGCUUUCCUGUCUAAGUCUUUCCCUUCAUGUCUUCCUUGUCUACGUCUUUCCCUCCAUGGCUUCCUUGUCUACGUCAAUCCCUCUACGUCCUCCUUGUCUACGUCUUUCCCUCUACGGCCUGCUUGUCUUCGUCUUCCCCCUUACUACAUCCUUGUCUACGUUUUUCCCUCUACGGCUUCCUUGUAUACGGUUUUCCCUCUACGGCUCCCUUCUCUACGGCUUUCCCUCUACGGACUCCUUGUCUACGGCUUUCCCUCUGCGGCUUCCCCUCUACGUCCUCCUUGUCUACGGCCCCCUUGUCUACGUUUUUCUCUCUACGGCUUCCUUGUCUACGUCUUUCCCUCUACGGCUUCCUUGUCUACGGCUUUCCCUCUACGGCUCCCUUCUCUAUAGCUUUCUCUCUACGGACUCCUUGUCUACGGCUUUCUCUCUACGGACUCCUUGUCUACGGCUUUCCCCCUACGGCCUCCUUAUCUACGUCUUUCCCUCUACGGCUUCCUUUUCUACGGCUUUCCCUCUACGGCUUCCUUCUUUACGCCUUUCCCUCUACGGACUCCUUGUCUACAUCUUCCCCUCUACGGCUUUUCUGUCUAAGUCUUUCCCUCCAUGUCUUCUUUGUCUAUGUCUUUCCCUCCAUGGCUUCCUUGUCUACGUCUUCCCCUCUACGGCCUCCUUGUCUACGUCUUCCCCUCUACGGCCUCCUUGUCUACGUCUUCCCCUUUACUGCCUCCUUGUCUACGUUUUUCCCUUUACUGCCUCCUUGUCUACGGUUUUCCCUCUACGGCUUCCUUCUCUACGGCUUUUCCUCUACGGCUUCUUCCAUCCUGGGCUUAAUAACCGUGUGAUGGGUGAUAGCUUGCGAAUACCAGAUGGUUGA